AUGACAAACCAGAAAUGGACUUCAGUUAUUGAAACAUUGGCUGUUAAAAUUUAUCCAUGUGUGACACAUCUUCGAUUAUAUCACACACGUUACGGAGAUAACUAUGAUGUUUUGGAGAAGAUUUUAAGCAAUCCCAAUGCAUGGCCCAAUUUGAGAUUUAUGGACUGUGUAUCGAAUGUGAAAGGAAUUUUAAAAGUUAGACCAAAUAUUCGAUUGAAUCUCGAAGAUGAUGCUACAGAUAUCUUGAAUGAAAAUUGUUGUAGAGACGAUGAACGUUCUGCUUUCUAUUACAAAUGGUUGAUUGCUGAUCAACCUUUUGAUUCUUGGUAA